CCAACGAGUAACUGGAUUUUAUAGUUCCAGACAUGUACAAGAUUUUCGUUUAAACACGUGAAGCAUCAGUUUCUGAAAGCCCUGGAACAGACUUCCAUGUUUUCCAAGCACAGGCGCUAUUAUGGAUCCCAGCAUCUACGGAACACUCGAUGAGUACCACGACAGCUCCCCACUUUCGUACCCCAUCCCAUGUACUCCGGGAUCGGAGGAUGGAGAGAGUGAAUCGCCGACGGACAGGAACGCCAAGGGCGUCGGCGGUGUCAAGUGUUGCAUCCAAGUAGGUCCCCGUCUGUCCCCUUCGAGUAUAGUGUGACGCACAGCUACCUACGCGAACGGAUGGGUGAAACGCAUUAUGUAGAGGUGCAGAUGCAUACUCAAGAAACGCAUUCAUUUACCUAUGGGUAUGUGGGAAUGCCUUAAAGCAAUGCCCAAGAUAUAAAAGCAGGACGGGAAACCAACGCAAGAUACACAACAGGAAUCGUACAAGCAUGUCGUCUCAUUUCGUCAUCACAGGAGCGAGAGGUGGAAACACUCAGGGAGCUGAUGCACCCAACCGUCUCGAAAUCAACGAGCUCAUUAAGAGCGAGGAGCAGUUUUCGCUGUACAUCCAAGCUCUCGGUGCGUCUUUCCAGGUCUCCAGAUGCAGCCGAUUAAUGCACCCAUCCCGCAGCGUCCAUGUUCAGCGACAACCAAGCAGGGGUGACCUCCUUCUUCCAGAUUGCCGGCAUCCACGGGCUGCCUUACGUGCAGUGGAACGAAUCCGGCAGCACGGAAAGCCCACCGCCCGACUUGCAGUGGGGAGGGUAUUGCACCCAUGGAUCCACCCUCUUCCCAACCUGGCACCGGCCCUACGUGGCUCUCUUCGAGCAAGUGCUCAACUCGAAAGCUGUGGAGAUCGCCAAGGGCUACAAAGCCGAUUCGGAGCGCUGGACCCAGGCGGCUGCGAAUCUCCGUGCCCCAUAUUGGGACUGGGCCGUAAAUGCGGUCCUCCCGCACCAGGUCAUCCAGGACAGGCAGGUAACGAUCACCCUCCCGGACGGAACGCGAGGGGCGGUGCCGAACCCGCUCUUUGCAUACACUUUCCACCCGAUUGAUGCGAGCUUCCCGGAACCGUACAGCCAGUGGGACUCCACGCUCAGGCACCCGACCAGAGAGGGAAAGACCAAUGUCCGAGCGCUGAUCCAACAGCUGCAAUCCUCCGCGGAGGACAUCCGGUCCAGCACAUACCGCCUGCUCACUCGUGUCCACACCUGGCCCGCAUUCAGUAACCACUCGGCCGACGAUGGCGGCAGCGCUAGCAACAGCCUCGAGGCCAUUCACGACGGAAUCCACAACGAUGUUGGCGGUGGAGGUCAGAUGGGUGACCCGUCCGUAGCAGGCUUCGACCCGGUGUUCUUCUUGCACCAUGCAAACGUCGACAGGAUGCUUUCGCUGUGGUCGGCUCUCAACCCCGGCGUGUGGGUGUCGCGUGGGCCGGCGGAAGGCGGAACGUGGACUAUCCCACCGAACGCGAUUAUUGGACCAAGCACGGAUCUCACUCCAUUCUGGGAGACACAGAACACGUACUGGCUAUCAACUCAGACGACCAAGACUAGCACCCUCGGCUACUCGUAUCCCGAAUUCAACGGGCUCGAUCUGACCAAGCCAGCGGCUGUGAAGACAGCGAUAUCUCGAGCUGUGAACAGGCUGUACGGCGGUGCCACUUUCUUCCAGAUGGCGACAGCAGCGAAUGGUGCGAAAAGCACCGACGCGACAAACGUCGCCAGCGCGGCACCAGUGCAAGCCAAAGCCGCACCAUCUCCCACACCUCACACGCCCACCAUCCGUGCUGCCCUGCACACGCAGACCGAAACUGCGGCACCGCUGGUCGCGGCUCACCCUGCCCCAUCGCUCUCCACACCAACGAUGCUCGACUGGUCCGUCCGUAUCCACGUGCAGAAGUACGCCCUCCCAUCGACGUUCUGCGUCCUCAUCUUCCUCGGCCCCGUCCCAUCAUCGCCUCUCGAAUGGCGGGCGUCGCCCUCGUACGUCGGCUCCCACACCGCGUUCGUGAACACGUCCUCUGCGCGCUGCGCCAACUGCACCGCCCAGGCCCACGCGGACGGCGGCUUCGUGAUCGAGGGCUUCGUGCACCUCAACGAGGCCCUCGCACGCGUGCUCUCGCAGGCCAGUUUCGAGCCCGAGACAGUCGUGCCCUUCUUGACCCAGGAGCUGAGCUGGCGUGUACAGCUGUCGCGCGGGGCGGAGGAGGUGACAUUGGACGAUGCGCGCUUGGACUCGCUGGAGGUAAAGGUCGGCGCGAACUCGAUGACGGUGCUGCCUGGCGCCGAUCUGCCCACGUGCGGAGAGACGAGAUGGUUCCCUGAGAUCACACACGGAAAGCGCGGUGGAGCUUCCGCGUAGUUCCUCUACUGAUCGAUACGAGUGAGCAGAUCCCAAGUGUAGGAAUGAUUAGGAGCUUUGUAUUUGUAUUCUGUGAAGUGAAUAUGUCUCCUUUCUGAAGUUGUACCGUGCAUGAGUGCAGGAGGGUUACAAGAGUUUGACGUGAAAAAGUCAUGUGAUCCUAUCGGCUGAAGUGAUAUUUCUCCUCUUUUGUUUC